AAAUCAUCUCACCGUAGAAACACAUUUCAAUGUCACUAAUUACAUAAUUAAAUUCAUCUUCGUAUUUUCCCACGGUUUUCAACACUCUAACUCGCCUUGAAUGCUCAAACUUAUGCUCAGAAGCCUUAGGAAGUAAUAAUAAAUUACUUUCACGCACGAGUUAGAAAUAUGUUUUCUAAAAUUAUAAAUUUAAACGAUAAGAUAAUAUCGCUCUAAAUAUAAAAAUAAAAUUAAGCAAACAUUAUUAGGAUUACGUGUUGUUGCAAGUUUCACAUCUACAAGGCAUAAUUUGGAAAGCUUUAAGCUUCUAUUUGUAAUAAAACAUACUUCGAAAAUACCUAACUCAUUUAUCAUCACCAUUACUAUCAUGAUGCGUAAAAGUGGGAAAAGAAAGAUUUAAUUAACAUCGGAAAUAUAUCUGUUUGAGAAGGAAUUUUCCCCUAAAGAUAAUCCUUAUUAGAGAACUAAUUCAAGGUCUUGUUAGAAUUGGCAGUUAUUUUGGUAAAAGUUAUAAGUAAAAUUUAUAUUGGAUUCACAGACAAAACAUCCAAGGGUGGAGUGAAGAGUGGGUUGGGCAAGUGAUAAAAAAGAAAAACCUUCUUCGUGGGAAAUUGAAUGAAGAGUAAAAGUGAUGAAAAAUUGUACAGACGGAAAUAUCACUUUCUGUGAUGAUGGCAAUUGGUGGGACUUUACCCUCAACAAUAUCACAAAUUACACCACGAUUGAGUACCAAAAUGAUCCAGGAUUUACCCUCAGAUAUGGCAUUGCAGCUACAAUUUUUCUCAGCUUGGCCUAUGGAAUUGUUUUUGUAUUGGGGGUCGUGGGCAAUGUGGCAGUCGUUAUGGUUGUCUUCAAGAGCACCGGCAUGAGAUCAGCUACCAAUCAAUUUAUAGCGAAUCUGGCGAUAGCAGAUCUACUUGUGAAUUUCUUCUGUCUACCAUUCACAUUGGUUGGAAAUGUUUUUCAAGCUUGGAUUUUGGGAGUUUUUGUCUGCAAAAUUGUUUCAUAUUUGCAAGGAGUAUCCGUAUCAGCGUCCGUCAACACCUUGAUGGCAAUCUCUCUAGAGAGAUGUGCAGCAAUUUCCUUCCCACUCACAGGGACCAUGUCCAAGCGACAGUAUCGCUUCUCAGUGAUUCUUAUCUGGACAGUUGCCCUGACUAUCAACAUGCCACUGCUCUUUGUCUUCUCCACUGAGCCACUGGGCAUCAAAGGAAGUGUUGCAGAAGUUUGUGUUGAACUCUGGCCAUCUGAGGAUGCAGAUAAUCUCUUCUUUGCCAUUGCAAAUCUCACCAUUUGUUAUCUCGGACCACUCACAGUCAUCUCCAUCUGCUACACUGUAAUCUGGCGGAGUGUGGCCAAUAGGAGUAUUCCUGGCGAGAGACUCUGCAAUCGCCAAAUCUGUGUCGUCAACAGAUCAAAGGUCAAGGUCAUCAAAAUGGUCUUUGUAGUCAUUGUUACAUUCACCCUCUCCUGGCUUCCACUCUAUGCGAUCUUCUGUUUUGUUAAAUUUUCCGGAAAUCUCCUUAACGAUAAGACAACUCAAGACAUCAUCCAUGUCAUCUUCCCCAUUGCACAAUGGCUAGGAGCAGCUAAUUCCUGUAUUAAUCCCAUCCUGUAUGCCUUCAUGAAUCGCAAGUUUCGUGUAGGCUUUAAGGGCCUCAUUGGAAAAACAACUACCUCAUCCCAUCUCUUUGACAACAAUGUUGGAUUUACCUUGAAAGAAUUUAGCAGUCGUGGAAGUCGAAGAUUUAGUUCCAGCAUCAAAACUCAUCAUGGAAUUAUUAAGGCGGAGUCUUUUAGAAUGUCUUUUCCGACCAAUUCUACACAUCUUACCGUCAUUAAUGACCAAUUCCUUCCUCCCAAGAACUAAUUGUUAAACUAUUGACUAGGUAUUUCUUUCAAAGUGUGACGUUUUAUGGUAAAAUUGUUAAAUUUUUCUGGUAAAUGUUAUAGAAAAGAGAUGAAAUGUACCUGUUGUAAAUCGUUGAAUGUUUCCCUGGAGAGAACAAUUUCAAUUUUGACUACAUUUUUUGACUCACACAUUAAAUAUAUUCUUGAUAAUCAGUGUAAUUUGAAAUUAAACCAAGAAUUAUUAUACAGAAA